UCCUGCGUUUCCAUACUGUUGCUUUGUUCAGUGAAUAUUUAUCUAAAUAUUUGGAUUGACAAUUUUCAUAUAAAAAUCUAUGAUGUUCCUUCUUAACCAUUAUUUUCGCUUAAUGUAAAACACCAGAAGGUAUGUGUGAAUGUGAAGUCAAGUGGAAUUCAUUCGAACACUUUAUUUACCGAGUGAAAAGUAGCAAAGUAGUAAUUGUUUUCAGAGUUAUCUAGCAUGUUGAUGUUCUUUCUCUGCAAUGUCUUUAUAAAUAAUUAUUGCAUAAGAGUAUAUGAAUUCUUUCUAUGUAUAGUCUUAACUUACGGCAAACGGCCUAAUAGGCAUUAAGUAGAAAUAUAAUCCCUAACAGACCUUUUCCCGAGUUGAAUAUGCUCUGCACAUGCGCAUUACAGACUAUGGGCGGAGCCAUAACCAUGACGUCACACUUGGACAGAACAGGCAGCAAAUACAUUGUCCUGACUAAGGCAUGACAACAUAAAAGGCCAAGGUUUCGGUCAAAGCUUUUGCUAUCUCGGCCAUGAUCAUCCACGUUCGAGACACUGACGGGAUCAUGAGUUCUGCUGAAGCACAACCGACGGACACAAUCUACAUGCUCUGGGUGAACAUGAUGAUAAAAGGCAUACCCGUAUCUGAAUAUUGGGCACUCGAGUUUAACGGGGAGCGUUUAAGGGACAGCAAAGCAACGGUCUCCAGCUACGGCAUUAGGGACGGAGACUGUGUGGAUGUCAGAUAUACCGUGGUGUUCGAAGCUAUGACUGGGUUUUACGUUAACGUUGUCCAGCCGAAUGGGAAGGUUAUCAGGCUAGUGGCGGCCGAAGCAGUGCCCGUGAUAAAAAUCAAGCACGAAUUGGCACGGGUAACGGGUGUGAAGGCGAGGAAGCAGCAGCUGAAGGCGGGCGGCGAAGACAUGAAGGACGAGAAGAUGCUGAGAGACUAUGGCAUCACCGGGGAUGCUGUUGUGUGGAUGGAGAUCGAGGGCGAGGCUGGAGACAGGAGAGAGAAAAGAAAAGAAGGGGAAGGAGCAGGAAACGACAGCCUGAAAAUUGUGUUGUUUUAUGUUUGCCCUCUGGUAUUAUUUUUUCUCAGUCUGUGGCUAGUCAAUUAACGUGGGAAUAAA